GACGCGGAGGAGCCACCUCCUCCGCGCGGAGAAGAUGGCGGCGGCCGCGAGCUGGGCCCGCCUGGGCCUGGUGGUGCUGCUGCUGGUCGCGGCCGCCGGGGCCGGUGAGCCGGAGGGGAAGCGGCGGGCCCAGCCCGCCAAGAAGAAGGACAUUCGGGAUUAUAACGAUGCGGACAUGGCGCGGCUGCUGGAGCAGUGGGAGUAAUAAGUCACCGGGACCAGAAGAUAUUCACUCAAGAGUUCUGAAGGAACUCAAAUAUGAAAUUGCAGAACUACUAAGUGUGAAAGAUGAUGACAUAGAAGAGGGAGAUCUUCCUGAACACAAAAGGCCAUCAGCACCAAUAGACUUCUCCAAAAUUGAUCCAAGCAAGCCUGAAAGUAUCCUGAAAAUGACCAAAAAAGGGAAGACUCUUAUGAUGUUUGUCACAGUGUCAGGAAAUCCCACUGAAAAGGAGACUGAGGAAAUUACCAGCCUGUGGCAGGGCAGUCUCUUCAAUGCAAACUAUGAUGUACAAAGGUUUAUUGUUGGCUCAAAUCGUGCCAUCUAUAUGCUACGUGAUGGGAGCUAUGCGUGGGAGAUCAAAGACUUUCUGGUAAAUCAGGAGAGGUGUGCAGAUGUAACUCUAGAAGGUCAAGUGUAUCCUGGGAAAGGAGCAGAAGAAAGUGAAAAAGUAAAAAAUAAAACCAAACCAGAGAAAACUAACAAGAAAAAAAAUGCAGACAAGAAAUCAAAACCCCUCGAAGACAACCGAGCUACCAAACAGAGAGAAGAUCUAUGACAAAUAAAUUAACCAUACUGAAUAUAGUAAAUAGAAAAUCAACACUUCUAUGCUGUUCACAGAGGAAACUAACUGUCUCUAAGUUUUGCAGCCUUUAGGGGGGCAGGGGUGGGAAUAAGAAGAGGAAGGAUUACUGGGUUUAAGAGACUGUAUGUGUAAAUGCACCAAUUUACUUAUUAAUGUUGGGCAUUUACUUAGUAACAGCAAAGUUAACGUUUACUGUCUUGGGAUUGCCUACUUCAGAUUGCAACAUUUUUAUGUUUUACUCAAUUGGUUUAAGGUUAAAAUAGGCACCAGUGCAUCCAAUUUUAUGGACUUUGUUCAUAUAACAAGAAAGGAAAAAGAAUUGCGAUCCUUACAGUGCACCAAAGUUCAUAUUUAGUAGUAGUUGGCCAUUGUGGCUAGGUAAGUCAGUUAUAUCAAUGAUUCACUGCUAGAUAGUAGACUGAACUGGCACAGUAUGUUCCUGGCAACCAUUAUACAGACUCUGCUCAGUGAGUAAUGUUUGCUAUGAUUUUAAUGAAUUGUACUCUGAUUUCAGGCAGAGUAUACCCUCAAAGUACCCCAGCUGGCAUUGAAACAGGUGCCUGCAUGCAUAAUAUAUGAUUGUUUUGUUUGUACUCUGAAUCGGCAAAAACAAGGAGAUUCUCAGGACCCGAUUCUCUGGUCAUCUGUAUCUGUGUAAAUGAGGCAUAACCCUAUGGGCAUCAAUGGAGUUACAAUGCCAGUCUGAAAAUGGUCUAAGUGAAAGAAGAAUCAGGCUUUUGGCCAAUCCCCAAACAUAUUUAGGUGCCUAACUGCCAUUGAAUUCAGUGGGAGCUAGAUGCCUAAAUACGUUUGGGGAUCUGGGCCUUGGUGUGUAAACUGCCAGUCCAGUUUUUGUUUCAGCAAGCAGAGUUCUUACAGAGUGAAAGACAAGUAAGUUAAGAGAAGCAGCCUUAACUCUGAAUUUGUUUUUUAUUGGUUUGAGAGCUUUUAUAACUCUCUCUAUAAGUAUUAAUUGCAGUGCUGAGGAAAAUUGAUGUACUACUAGCCAUCUAGGCCCUGACCAUUCUGUCAGUUACAUGCUAACAUCUCCCAUUAAAAUGAGUUAGGGGGAGCAUUUGUUGGUUUUUACUACUUAGCCCAGUCUACUUGAAUACUUCCUCAUUAAAAUAAUUAAAUCAGUCUCCCUUUGCAAUAACCAUAAAUACUGGGAAAGUUGAUUGCGGGUGGGGGUGGGGGAUUUAAAUCCUCUUCGAAAGACACUUGUUUAAAUAAAAGUUUUUUAUUCUAACUGUAUCGCAUAUAUGUAUGACUUUUGAAGUUUUUUCUCAAAUAUGUUGAGGAAUACAUGCAUAAUGACCCAGAGCACACAUUGAUUUCAGGAUAAGAGGCACAAUAUUAGAUGUUUGAUAUUACUGAAAUAAAGUUACUUUGAUUUUUAAGGUGCCAAAAUUCAUGUGUUUUGAAGAACUAAAAGGUCCUAACUUGAACCAUAAUGGUUAAUCUUUUUACAUUGAAGUAUUUUGUAAGUGGUUGACUUAGUGUUUGUUUCAGAAUAAGAAUGUAACUAAAUUUGUACACAAAUAGAACCUGGUUUAAUUUGUUUCAAAAUUCACCUUUUACAAUUGUGGGCAUGAUAUGUUAAUUUCAGUAAACUUAUCUUUGGGCCACAGGCUAAUCCCUCUCUGGUUUCCGUAAUUACUCACAAAUGAAGAUUAAAUUAUGUUGAUGAAACAUGCAGGUAUUAAUAUGCAUAUCUUCACUCUUCCCCUUGCAGGUCUUUGUGUGAAUUAAAGAUUAGAUUGUUGUGAAUUGCAUUAGAAAAGAUUGCUGUAAAUGUAUAUCUGCGCAAUACUUUGAAUGAAAAGCUAUAAAGCAUUUGUGUCUUGGGGAUUAAUGAUACCGCUUUUCUGUGCUACUAUUCAUGGCAAAGAUACAGAGCAGUUCAGACAACUCUGUAGAUAUUUGAUAUUCAGAAUGUUUUCUGCUCUUGUAAACACAUUGUUGUCUCAUCUAUCAUUGAUCUGUUGCUUGCAAGUACUCAUUCUGCAUUGCCUUUAUUUGGAGUAUUGCAUCAUUUUUCAGGAAAGAAUCACAGGCAAACUGAAGUGGAAAAACUGUAAGAUCCAAAAUGUUUCUUAGUGUAUAACAAACAAGUUAUAAUUUACCUUGUAAAUUAUAGAAUUCUCUUAACACAGGAUUUGAAUCCUUUAGAAACUAAGGAUAUUUUAGUAUGGAUAUAGAGACUUUUAACAUGGCUAUUCUAAUCUCUGAGGAGACUACGGAGUGUUUCAAUUGUAUAAUAUAUACCAGAUGCAUGCAAGAACACUUUAUCCAGUUUGACAAAAACUAUGCAGUAUAAGCACAAAAAUGUAAAUUUUAAAAAUAUUACAGACACUGUAAAAACAACUAAGUUUUUGUGUGUGCGGGGGGAAAUCAUUAAAAAUUAAAACUAUCCAAAUACAACUUACAAAUGAAACUUAAGCCAACAUUUUAAAAUUUGGAUAUCUAAAGUUAAAUAUCUAAAUCCAUAUUUAGGUAAAUAACAGUAGCCUGAUUCAAUAGUGCUAAACGCUCAACAGCAGGGAUCUGUCUAAAAUGGGAAAAGGUGUCGUUUUAUUUUAAACCUGAUCUAGCUAACAUAAUUUGAAACAACACUUACUGUCAGCUUUAGGUGCUAAAUAGUGUUUCAAAUCAUGUUAGCUAGCUCGUUGGGUUUUUUUAGUAUAUAAAAAGUAUCUUUUUCUCUAGACACACUUAAUAGGCAUAUAGCUGACUAUUAAUUAGUUAAUGCUUUUUGAUCCUCAAAUAAUUAGAAAAGUAUAUGGUAUUACAUUCACCCAGAUCUCCUAUACUCCAUUUUUCUUAACUCUCUCCUACCCACUCAUUCCAGGGCCAACAGAUAGUGUUAUGUCUAUUAAUGUUACUUCACUGCACCUCUUAAAUCUGUUAUGAAUGCCAUGAUCCUAUUAAAAGCACAGGAAAUUGUCA